GUGACAGCAGAGGUGAUUCCUAGGAUGGCGAGCCAAACGAAGAACAGGGCUCUAAUCAUUGUCAAUUACAAUUUCCAUGGAAGAAAUGCGGGAAGCGAACUCACCCCAAGACCGGGAGCCAGGAAGGAAGCAGACAGGAUUUUCAAAGCAUUAUCCAAGUGCCAUUAUGCCGUGAAAAUUCACCUUGACUUGACAGCUAAAAAAAUAGAAGAACUUUAUGAGGAAGGUAUGUGUACGGCUUGGCUUCUGUCGUGUUUGACAGCCUGGAACAUGUCCUAAGAACAGGGCUUCAGUUUCUGGAAACCACAGGAGGGGGAAAAGCUCUUGCACUCGGGUCUUGAUUAUGAGCUUCCCAUAGGUAUCUGGUUGGCUGGUGUAAGAACAGGGUGCCGGUCCUGAUGACAUACCCUCCAACAUUUCUCCAAUAGUGACGUCCUAUUUCAUCAUAAUUAUAUGAAUAAUUGUACUCUUUGUACCCCACCCAUCUGUCUGGGUUGCCCCAGCCACUCGGACCAGCUUCCAGCAUAUAUAAAAGCAUAAUAAAACGCUAAACAUUUUUUAAAAACUUCCCUAUUCAGAGCUACCUUCAGAUGGCUUGGGGGGUUGGAUAACUCUAUACCCUCCUACAUUUCUCUGAUGAAAAUAGAGAUGUCCUAAGGACAUUCUGGGAUCAAAUCAGAAACCAGGAUGGCUUCUGUUAAUCCAGAAUUCUGAAAAAUAGGGACACUUGGAGGAUCUGAUCUAAUGGGCCACUGGCCUCAUCCAGCAAGGCUUUUCUUGGGUUCUUAGAGCUCUGUAUGUUUACUCUGAAGAAGUGACAAUUCAAAUCCCCAUGACAGGGUGAGCUCCCGUUGCUCAGUCCCUGCUCCUGCCAACCUAGCAGUUCGAAAGCAUGAAGUGCAAGUAGAUAAAUAGGUACCGCUCCGGCUUGAAGGUAAACAGUGUUUCGUGUGCUGCUCUGGUUCGCCAGAAGCGGCUUAGCCAUGCUGGCCACAUGACCCGGAAGCUGUACGCCGGCUCCCUCGGCCAAUAAAGCGAGAUGAGCGCCGCAACCCCAGAGUCGGCCACGACUGGACCUAAUGGUCAGGGGUCCCUUUACCUUUAAUAGUGGUCUUCAAAUAUCUGAAGGGCUGUCAUUCAGAAUACACAGCAGAUUUUAUCCUCUGCGGUUCCAGAGCUGGAAUAAAUGAGUGGAGCAAGAUUUCACUUUAGGAGAAACGUCCUAACAGCAAGUGCUGUUCAGCAGCCGUGGGAGAUGGCAGGCUCUUCUUUUGCUGCAUGUAUUGAGGCACAGGCUUCAGGGCUACCUGUCAGGGGUGCUGCAGUUGCACCUUGCAUUGCAGAUCUUGCACCCAGCAGGGGUCAGGGAUGCCCUUUCCAGUGCUGUGAUUCUAUGGCUGUGCACGCAUUACCAGCUUAAUAUGCAGCUACAUCAAGCCUUUUCCUCAAUUCAGAUUGAAGCCAGUUUGGGGGUGGGGGUGGGAGGGGAGGCAUCAAAACACAGUAUUUCAUAAGACACAACAGGAUAGAUAGUGGAUCGCGACUGAUGUCUUCGAUACAGCACUUCCUAAACCAGCAAUUGGUGCACACCGAUGCAGAGUAAACAGGAGUGUGUAGCCUAUAUUGUGUUUGGGAAAUAGAAUAGCAUGCCAAUACAGGAUCUGCUUCUUGGUCUGCCAGAUUCAGCAAAAAUAUAUUUGUGUGCCAAUUGCUAAUCUUUGCAAACAACACAUCUGAGAGGUUUGUCACAAACGCAGAUCGUCAAGAUAGCAAGACCCAUCUUUUGAACUUGUUGUUUUAAAUUACUGUGUGUUUUAAUCCGGAUCGUGAGCCAACUUUGAUACUUUAAAAUUUAAUGUCUGCCGCCCUGGGACCUUUUUGGUGAAGGGUGGAUUACAAAUAUCUAAAACAACUAAAUGAAUCGCUAGUAAUUGACCAUAGUAAAGAUUAAGCCCCUCGCCAUCGCCUGUCUGUGCACAAAACCCCUUUUGCACUUAGAACUUCAUACGAGAGACUCGUCGUCAAGCAGAUCAAUUUGAACUUUGGAUCCCUGCUUCGCUUCGCACAUGAUGCCCCACCUCUUACCUUUUCAUCCAGCGUCAGUAGCUGAGCUGUGUGCAAAAGCUGCCAAAAUCGUGGGCAUAACCAGCCACCCUGCUUCGCCUGCCCAUGUGAAUGCAAAUAAUGCGUAGUUGCAAAGGGUCGGUAACUUUCUUAUGAAGGGAAAACAUUAUGUAAACUGAUGACUUUUUAAAAAGAGAGUGAGAGCAGGUCUUUUAUUUCCAUGCAUUAAUUUUGUACUGAAAAUGAAAAUUUAAUAGAUAGCUAUCCAGCUGGUUUAGAGACCCUUUAAUAUAAAUGCAUGACCCCAUAGUAAAGGUAAAUAGGUAAAGGACCCCUGAACGGUUAAGUCCAAAGGUGACUAUGGGGUUGCAGCGCUCAUGAUUUAUGGGCUACUACUAAAAUGAGGCUGCAUUUUAAAUUGUAUUUUAACCCAUAUUUUAAUUAACUGGUUUUUCCCCCCUAUUAUGUUUUAUUGUAAUUUUAUUGGUGUUAGCCGCCCUGAGCCUGGUUCUGGCUGGGGAGGGCAGGGUAUAAAUAAAUUGUUGUUGUUGUUGUUGUGUACUGAAGUUCUCACCCUGGGCCAGCAGGGGGAUACUAUAGAUAGUUCAGGUCCACAUAUGCAAAUAGGGGGUCGAAAGUGACGUUCAGUGAUUGGCUAGUUACAGAAAAUGGUUACUGUUGCGUUCUAGUGGAGCUCUAUAUAAGCAGGCUGGCUGAACCCUUCAGUUCAGUUCUGUUCUGGCCUGUGAAUAAACAAGAGCUGUUUGAAGAAUCGCUGGGUUGACUGAUAUGUUCACCCAUAACUUAACAAUUAUUAUUAUUAUUAUUAGCCUGGAAAGGUGGGGUAUCAGUUUGGAUCAUAAGAUAAUAUGAAUGGUGGCAGUGUAUUACUGUGUGCUGUAUCUUUUGCAGAAUGUCACGCAGAUCACGGGGAGUUUUUUGUAAGCAUUCUGUCCAGUCACGGAGAAGAAGGGAUUAUCUAUGACUGCGAAGGACAGCCAGUUCAGCUCAAGCGUAUUUUCCAGAUAUUAGAACCUGAAAGGUGUCACAAACUGGCUGGGAAACCCAAAAUCUUCUUCAUUCAGGUAACAUCUGGAGCUGCAAGCUUGUUGACUUGUGUGUAAACCGUCUGUGAGGAUGAUGGGGAAAUUCAGACAAUCUCUGUAGCUGCAGGCUUGUGACUUCACUGCUUAAACGGUCACAGUGAUUAUGAGCAGGGGAAAGUCUUCUCUGUCUUGUAAGCUUGCCAGCUUUUCCGCAGCAUGGUGUAUCGAAACAUAACGGUGGUGGGGAAAGCACAGUCUUCAACCUUUUAAAAAUGAAACUAGGGAUAUAUUCAGAAACCCCAGAUCUCUGACCAAAAAUCACUGCCUGGGGCACACACAGAGAAAUGCCACAUGUUGCUAAAAGCUCUACCAAAUGUUGUAUUCAUUUUAGCAACCAUAAGCUACCUAGGAUGUUGGACCUGCUACAGCAAAAUGUUGCGGUGUUCAAGGCUCUUGUUCACGUUUCCAGCCACUCCAUUCUGUUCCUCCUCUCCUUCCUUGGUUUUCCACCCUUUCCAUGCACUCACUUCCAGCAAAGCAGUGUUUUCCACUUACAGUGGUUCCUCGAGUUACAUACGCUUCAGGUUACAGACUCCACUAACCCAGAAAUAGUGCUUCAGGUUAAGAACUUUGCUUCAGGAUGAGAACAGAAAUUGUGCUCCGGCGGCGCAGUGGCAGCAGGAGGCCCCAUUAGCUAAAGUGGUGCUUCAGGUUAAGAACAGUUUCAGGUUAAGAACAGACCUCCGGAACGAAUUAAGUACUUAACCCGAGGUACCACUGUAUAUCGAGACACAUUAAAAAAAUACAUGAAAUGCUUCCUUAACCCAUGUAAAACCUUGCAUUCUGGAAAAAAAAAGCUACUCAGAAUGUGCUUGGUUUCAGUUCUAGAGUGUAUGACUCAAAUGCCAAAAGGAAGAGGAAAAGGUUUAUUUUCUUGCCCAUUUGUCAUCAGGGACUAACUCAUUUUGUUCAUCAAGGAAUUAUCUGCAUUAACUUUAUUGCAUUUCCUAGACUCAUAGUAUCAGUGUAACCUAUAUUCUCUGAACCUUCCCGGAUGUUUGACUCAUCGUGGCUGGUGUCAACAUGGGGGAUUUCCUCCCAAAGGCAAAUACAGUGGUACCUUAGUUUUAGAACAGCUUAGUUUAUGAAGAACUUGGAAAUAGAAUGCUGCAAACCAGGAAGUAGGUCUUUGUGAACUUUGCUUUGGAAGCUGAACAUGUUCCGCUUCCUGUUGAGUGUGUUCCAUUUUUAAAUUACUGUAUUUUUCGCUCUAUAAGAUGCACCAGACCACAAGACGCACCUAGUUUUUGGAGGAGGAAAACAAGAAAAAAAUAUUCUGAAUCUCAGAAGCCAGAACAGCAAGAGGGAUCGCUGCGCAGUGAAAGCAGCAAUCCCUCUUGCUGUUCUGGCUUCUGGGAUAGCUGCGCAGCCUGCAUUCGCUCCAUAAGACGCACACACAUUUCCCCUUACUUUUAAGGAGGGGAAAAGUGAGUCUUAUAGAGCAAAAAAUACGGUAAGUCCCCGCUGCUAUUCAGAGGCUUCCUGUUGAGUCUGUCAGCUGUUGAGUCCUAAGCACCUACGCAACACAGAGGUGAUAUUUGGAGCUUUUGUUUUUGCUAUUUUUUUGCAUUUUUGUUUGUGUGGCUUUUUCAUUUUUUUGACUGUGACUUGUUCUUUGUUUUAUGGGACUGACUUGUGACUGUGGCUUGUGACUUCAUUUUUGUGACUUGUUUUUGUGACUGUGUGGAACCCAGUUCAGCUACUGAUUGAUUGAUUGAUUGAUUGAUUGAUUGUGUGACUGCAGAAAUGGAUAAAAGCCCCACAACCAAACAAUGACUAUCAUCAGUGCACAUAAGAAAAAAUAAUAAUUUUAAUUUUUAUCACCUACAAUUCUGUCUUAUUUAUUUUAUAGUACAGUACAUUGAUUAUUGCUUUCAUUUUAUGAAUCAAUGGUCUUGUUAGAUAAUAAAAUCCAUGUUAAAUUGCUGUUUUAGGGGUUGUUUUUAAAAGUCUGGAACAAAUUAAUCCAUUUUGCAUUACUUUCUAUGGGAAAGCAUGGCUUGGUUUUAGAACACUUUGGUUUUGGAACAGACUUCCGGAACGGAUUAAGUUUGGGAACCAAGGUACCACUGUACCAGCUUCAGAAGUGGCAUCCUUCUCAAGACCACAGCAGGGAGGAAAGAGUUACAUUUCCCCUUCUCCCAAUAAUUAUCCCCUCUGGAGUGAUGCUAUUUGCACUUUAAAAAAACAAGAACCUGCAUGUUAAAUGAAGCAGCACAUCUUAUAGGCAUUUGUAGUUUGAGCCCUGAACUGAGCCUGGAAACAAAUGGGUAGGCAGCAAAAUUGCACAGCAAAGGGAUCAUGCUUCUGAUAAAUGUGUUCUGGGACAGGGAAAAAAAACCUCAAAGCAACAAAUGAAGGCAGAAUACAGAGGAUCUAGGCUUUAUUCUCUGGGUUAGGCACAUGGAUGAAGGAUGCUUUUAGAAGCACACACAGAAACACUGAAUAGAAAUAUAACUCUGGUGGGGAAAGCACAGCCAUAAACAUUUCAGAAAUGAAAAUAGGGGCAUAUUCACAGACCCCAGUUCUCUUACCACCACCCAGGGCACACACCCAAAAUGACACACAUUGCAAAAAGCUCCAUUGCUUGUUGUAUUUUUUUUUAUCAAUAACAGAUUGUCCAGUAUUGUUUGUUAAGCGCUAGCUAGGAUGUUGGACCUGCUGCAACAAAAUGUUGCAGCGUAGAAAACUCCUGUUCAGGUUCCAGCCAUACAGCGGUUGCAUUUGCUGUGCUUUCUAGGCCUGCCGUGGAGUGGAAAUUGAUCAAGGUGUUUGGCUGCAGACAGACAGCGGUGAAGCACAGACUGAGUGUUUCUCACACUAUCUCUCCAUUCCUCAAGACACUGCAGUGAUGUAUUCUUGCUGUCCAGGUAUGUAAGUCCUGUAUGGAAUGUUGAAAGGCUCGGGACAGCCAAAGAAACAAUUCCUUUUCCCCACGCAUAAGCUAUGAAAUUCAUUCCCACAAUACGUCAGGAUGACCAUCAACCUCAAUGACUUUAAAGAGUUAUUAGACAUGUUCAGGUAGAUUAAGGCUGUCCAUUGCUCAUUAGCAAGCUUAUUGUAAUAACCUGCAGUUUUAUAAGUGUAUAUAUUUACAGUAGAUAAUUAAAUGAACAAGUUAAAUGAAUUUGGAUAUGCAGAAGAUAUUUUAAAAAAUUAAUUUAAGGAACUGCAGAAAGAGGGGGGAGUCAAAUUUUGAAAUGUUAAAUGCAUUGUCAAACUAAUGAAAUGUAUAAAAUUGAAAAAUAACAAUAAAAAACUAAAAAAGAGAGGAAAAAAUAGGGGGACGGGAAGGCUGUCUGUUGCUACUAGCUUCAAAGCUCCAACCCUAGCUAUGGAGGGGGGUAGCUGGGUUUCUUUGCCCCUGAUGAAACCAUCAGAGGGGCGCCAUUGAGGCUCAUCCCCCCCCCCAUACGCAAAUGCAUGUUGGGGGGUGUGCCAAACUGGGUCUUUGACGCGGGUGAAAUAAAGCCUAGUUUCUCGUCUGCCUGCAGUGUCGGAGGGGGUUUAAUAAUAAUAAUAAUAAUAAUAAAUAAUUUUAUUUAUACCCCGCCCUCCCCGGCCAGAGCCAGGUUCAGGGUGGAUAAUACCAGUAAAAAUUAGUGAAAACAUAAUAGGAGGGGAACCCUAUUUAAAAUGCAGGUUAAAGUGCAAUUUAAAAUGCAGCCUCAUUUAAAAAGUAACCCAUAGAUCACAUAAAGGGAGGGAAACAUAAGGGUCAGACUGAGUCCAAACCAAAGGCCAGGUGGAACAGCUCUGUCUUACAGGCCCUGUGGAAAGAAAUCAGAUCCCGCAGGGCCCUGGUCUCAUGAGACAAAGUGUUCCACCAGGCUGGAGCCAAUGUUAAAAAGGCCCUGGCCCUGGUUGAGGCUAAUCUGACUUCCUUAGGGCCCGGGACCUCUAGAGUGUUGCUGUUUAUGGACCUUAAGGUCCUCCGUGGGGCAUACAGGGAGAGGCGGUCCUGUAGGUACGUGGGUCCUAGGCCGCAUACGGCUUUAAAGGUAUGCCUCAGGAUACCAAACUGCUGGGAUCACAGAGUUGUAGAGUUGGAAGGGACCAUGAGGGUCAACUAUUCCAACCCCUUGCAAUGCAGGAAUCUUUUGCCCAACAUGGGGCUCGAACCCAAGACCCUGUGAUGAAGAGUCUCAUGCUCUACCGACUGAGCUAUGGAGAGGGCUGUUGCACUCAGGUCCUGCCUGAGAGCGUCCCAAAGGCAUCUGAUUGGCUGCUGUGAGUAAAGAAUGCCGGACUGGCUUGACCCAGCAGGACUCUUCUUUAUGUAUGCCUAGCAACCCAGCGCUGUACAAGAUCGAAGCAAAUUUCACCCAAGUAUGCCCAAGUAAGUGUGCACUCUUUAUAAAGAUUGGAGGAGUGAGGUUACUACCCCUCUAUUACCCCUCUAACGCGGGUGGCGUUGUGGUCUAAACCACUGAGCCUCUUGGGCUUGCCACUCAGAAGGUCAGCGGUUCAAAUCCCCGUGAUGGGGUGAGCUCCCGUUGCUUUGUCCCAGCUCCUGCCAACCUAGCAGUUCGAAAGCACAUCAGUGCAAAUAGAUAAAUAGGUACCAUUGUGGCGGGAAGGUAAACGGCGUUCCCGUGUGCUCUGGUUUCCGUCACAGUGUCCCAUUGCACCAGAAGCGGCUUAGUCAACUGGCCACAUGACCUGGAAAGCUGUCUAUGGACAAACGCCGGCUCCCUCGGCCUGAAAGCGAGAUGAACGCUGCAACCCCAUAGUUGCCUUUGACUGGACUUAACCGUCCAGGGGUCCUUUACCUUACCCCUCUAUUACUGUCCAUGUUGGGUCGCUCAACCAUUGCUACUGUGUCCUUUCUUUUAGCAGAUCAAGAUGAUCAGGUAACAGCAAAAACUGCAAGGUUUUUAGCGGGGGCAAUUAGAAUAAGAUCUACAAUUUGAUUAUUGAUGCAAAACCCCAGAAUGGAUUUUCUAUAGUUAAGUUUUUACCUCUAUCUUCAGUACAUUUUAUUUCAUUGCUAUGGCUAGUGGCCGAUGCAAAUAAAGAUUCUUCCGAUUUUGAAGUGUGCAUAUGUAUGGGUAGAUUUGUGGGGUUGUGGCUGAAACGUACUAGAGUAGCUCUAAUAGAAGAAGCAUGAUUGCUGCCAAGAAAUUUGUUUUCAAGGCACCACCUUGCUGAAGGAGACCAGUGCUCUUCAAUUUCUUUUUUCCUGGUGUUUUCAGGCUACGCUUCGUUCAUCAAUCGGUGGGAAUCCAUGUUCCUCAAGGCCUUGCUGGACCUGCUAGAAGGAGAGGAAUGCCAUCUUGAAGUUGCCAGUUUGAUGACCCGAAUUAGCGGGACAGUCGCCUUGCAGGAAGCGAAAGGGAAAUACAGAGGAGGUAAAGAAAUGCCCUGCUUCGUCACCAAGAUGGUGAGAGAGGUUUACCCCUUCUCACAAGGAAGACAGGCCUCAGGUGAUCUCUCCAAUUCCACCAGGGAGUGUAGCAGCAACGAAGCGUAAGGAAUCAGCCGCAUUUCUUGUCUGGACAAGGACUCCUGUGAAGCCAGGAAGCAGCUCCACCAUGAGAAACGUGCGAUUGUUGCAAACUGGGCAAUAAUGGCCUUUUUGCUCUCCAAUGAAGAGUGAAUAACACAAGCACAUCUGAUAGGAUGGAGGUUUAUAGUAUGUGUGCCUUCUGCUCUUCCCUCAGUCUUCAAAAUUUAAUGAACCUGUUGCCUAACAUCUGAGGUGGCCUAAACACCCAACUUGUCCCAGAACUAAGAAAAGGGAAUUCCUGCUCCCUCUGCUUCGAUGAAGACCUGCGGAACCUGCAGCAAAACAUUACAGCAUGGAGUGCUCCUGUUCAGGGUUCCAUGCCUUCUUCAAGGCUACUCCAUUCCUUUCCACCAUCCCAACAUUCUAUACUCCAUGCACUGGGCUGCUUUGAGGUUCCCUACCUCUAGGGCUUCUACUAGAAAAAGAAAAUAUAUCUCAGCAGAAUCUAUUUCCCUCUCCCUAUUGAUACCACCCUACUGGGGUGCUAUGUUGCAUACUUAAAAGAUCCACACUUAGAAAAAGACUUCAUGGUCAGUGUAUAGAACAAGGUGGCCCCAUGUGCUACUGAGACAAUUCUGUCCAUGAAAUAUUGCCAUGGGACAGUCCUCUGCCGGAAAGGCUGUCCAGUCCCAGUCUGGUUUAAAGAGAAGUGUAAGAACAGAGAUCAGGAGUGAACCUUGAAGUUGUCCAUCAACAAUGAGUACCUGGACAGCAGACUGAGCAGGUAUACAGCUCACCUGGCCUCAACUUAUCCUGUUUGCCAGGGGCGGCCUCUAUUCUUGUUCAGCUGUUUCUUAUUCUCGUCCCUGUUUUUCCCUUUGGAGACGCCUUGUUAAAAUCAUCUUGCCACAACUGUCGUUCUUCAGGGUUCAGCUUCUUCUGCACAGUCUCCAAAGAGGAGAGAGAUGGACACCUCUUAAUAAUCCUUGAUUUAUUACUGCCUUCUGAACAAUCCUCCAGAGGCAAUUUGCACAUGAAAUGAUUAAAACCAGUUAAAAACACAAUAGCAGCAAAUAUAUUUUAAGCAAGACUGAAACCAUAGCAAAGUACCGCAUUUUUCCAUGUGUAAGACUAGGUUUUCCCCCUAAAAAAUAAAUGUCAAAAAUUAGGGGGUGUUUUAUACAUGGGUACAUCUCCCCCCAUUUUCUUAAAUAUGAAUCCCCAAAAAUAGGGGGCAUCUUAUACAUGGGGGCAUCUUAUAGAUGGAAUAAUAUGGUAGAUACUUGUGAUAAACACCCAUUUUAUCCAGUUGGGGAAGCCCGACAGAACAAAAAUGUCUCCAGUUGUUUCCAGAAAGCAGAUAGUGAGCACCUGUUGUAUCUUGAAAGGAAUGCUAUUCUAUAGAACAGGGGCAGCCACACUAGGCACCCAGUCUGGGUUACUGCAUGUCUCUAAUGCAGCUGUGAGGAACUGUUGGUCCUCCAGAUGUUGAUGAACUGCAACUCCCAUCAGCCCUAGCAGGUGCAGCCCAAUGGUCAGGGCUGAUGGGAGUUGCAGUUCAGCAACACCUGGAAGACCCCCAGUUUCCCGCACCUACUUAAUGUGGGCUGUGUGUGCAUGAGCACUAAGACUCCAAGCACAGCCUUCUGUUUAGCAUGUAAUGAAGGGUGGUGUUCAUUUCCAACAGUUGAUAAUAAGCCAUGGUAGGAGAUUUUUGGUUUUUCAAUAAAUCUUUAACCAUUCACCAUGGAAAGAAGACAGAGUCCGUACCAGAGAAGAAUGGCAAGUUAAGCCGAUGGACUGCGCUGAAAUGGCAAAGUUGACUGGAAAACUCAGGAACCAAGACGUCAAAAACUUCUAAAAAGAAUGGGGGGAAAUUUAUAAUUCAUCUAGGAGACCACUGCAAGCAAAUGGAAACAUUAGCGGGAUUUGAAACCCACUUGCAAUGUAAUACUAUGGAUGAUAUGGAUUGAAAAAUAUAGAAUAUGGGAUAAUAUGCAGUUGUAAACAUUGACAAUAAGACCCAUGGACGGAAUGGGG